GCAUUGAUUAAUGGCUAUUUUCUCAAUAAAUAAAUGAUCACUGAAGGUACUUAUUUAUCCCCCCCCCUCUCUUAGUCUGAAGGCCUCCUCCAGUUGUCUCCGUCUGUCCGCUGAUCACGUCAACCCAUCGUUCUGUCGGUUUGCCUGAUCUUCAUCGCUUGCUUUCAGGGCCUUUCCAGAAGGUGGCUAUAUAUCUUAGUCCUGUAAUUAGUUUAGGUAUGUAGCUUCAGAUACCAUAGUGAAAGAAAUACAGCGAAUUUAAGUUUUUUAUACAAAACUCGUCUUUGCUCUAUUUCGUUUGUUUUAUAAGUUGGACCUAUAUAAACUAAUUACAAGACUAGAUAUAUCUCAUUGUAUGUGCAAAGUUUCAUUAUAAUCCAAUACGUAGUUGUAAAAUGAGAACGAAACUCCGUUUGUAUAUGAAAGUGAACGUUGGCCGAGCUUGUCGGGGACUCUUAAGUAUGCAAGGCUUCAAAGCCGUUGUUUGGAGCGAUUGCUCUCGUUGAAAACUUAGCGUGCGAAGGAUUACAAGACAAUUUAUAUAUGUACCUACAAUGUACCUACAUGCGUAAACCUACACCAUACCUAUACUCAUGUGUCGAUGAAAAGUUUCCUAAAUUGCGAAAUUUUUCACAUGGAAAAUAACAGAUAGGUCACAUUACGCACACUUUUCACAUUUUGUCUGGGAGUUUUUUGAGAAAUUUUCCUAUUUUUUGUAGUGUUCCUAUAGCUUAUGCAUCUACAAAUUAAGUACAUAAAAUACUUGUACGAUAUUAAUGAUGUACUUAUAAUUUGUUUUCGUUCACGCCCUCGUACCUACGCUGUGGCACAGAUUUAUUUGCGCAAUGAAGAAUAAAGGUUAUCAUUGCGAUAUCAUUACAACGAGCAAGUCACGGCUAAGCAAGCAGUUAUCAAGCUGUGUUAGAGACCAUAAGUUAACUUAAUUUAAAUAUAAAUCUAAUUCCCUUCAACGAUGCACAUUUUUACUACCACCGUGUUGCUCGUGAGUCUAUGCAUAAUAGAAAGUGCCGAUAGUAGUGCCAGAACCAUCACAGGAAUCGACCAAAGAGAAGUGUGUAAAAUAAAAAAAUCGUGUGUAAGUUGUUUACGCUUGGUACAUUGCUCCUGGUGCCAAAAAGAGGAAAAGUGUUUCUCAAAGGAGUUAGAGCCAGAAAAAUGCAGCGAGACAAAUGAAUAUACGGAUUACGGAUUCAGUCUGCAAGAAAACGCAAUUUGUAGUUGCAAGCAGGAAACAGAUGAAGCCCAAGAACAGAACUGCUUCCCAGAAGGGGCGGACGAAGACACAACGCCGCCAUGCAGCGGCCGCGGCGCGUGCGUGUGCGGCCGGUGCAUCUGCGAAACCUAUGAAAAUUCCACCAAGAUGGUAAUGGGCGAUUAUUGUGAAUUCGAUAACUUCUCCUGUGACGGCCCAGAGUGCAACGAAGGUCCUUAUGCUUUUGCGCAAGAUACGGACAAUGAAGAAUCGUAAUGAAUUGCUUUCUUAGAAUAGGUAGAUUUGUGUUCAGUGAAUUUGUAUAGCCUUAGGUCAGAAAUGUAAAAAAAAAAGUUUAAAUUAGAGUUUACAUUACGUACUUAUGUUGUUAUAAUUAUUCAACUUGUAAGUUGAACAUAUGCAUAAUUUACAAAGAACAAACUACAAUAAAAAAUACCUGAAUUUACAAAACUU